AUGGUGCUUCAGUGGCUCACAUUGGCGAGGAGACCGCUUGAAUGGCGAGAAAUUCAAGUACUCAAGUCAAUUGACCGUCGAGAGCAAUCAAUCGACUUUGAAAGGCAAAGGUUCCAUGUUGAUGCAAAGGACCUUUGUGGGCCUUUGGUCAAUGUUUCGGAAGAUGGAACCGUCGAGUUGAUACAUUUAACAGCAAAGCAGUACGAUAUCCUUUUCUAUACAAGCAUGACUCAAUGGUCACUAACCAUAGCAAACAGCUUCCUCGUGGACGAGGGAAUUGUGGAUCCACUGCAUGGGGACAUCCGAAUGGCGUCACUUUGCAUCGACUAUCUGAAUCUCCCCAUAUUCGUGGGCUCAAUCUCUAGCGACGCCGCCCUUCGGGGAGACUAUGGUUUCAUGGAGUACGCUGCUCUCUAUUGGAUUCGGCAUCUGGAAGGGGCAAUUGCGGAAGCGAAACGAAGAAUUGCGAGGACAAAACUGCAAGAAAUCCAGCAACCCGAAGACAGUGAUGACAGCGAAGCUCCUCUUUCCCAUCCAAAUUUACAGGAAGAUGAAUACUCCCGCAUUAUGUCUCCACUUGCCGAAUCACUCGGCGUCUUCAUUGAGCAUCACUGGAUAUCGCCAAAAUCCUAUCUCGCAGUUUCCGACCGAAACAAAAGAAAUCUCCAGGUAUUCGAGUCCCUGGACUUCCACGAAGAGUUACAGCAAGUCUUCGUAUCGACCCGAAAGCAGUUACAUUCUUUUGGUCCCAUUAAAAAGGAAGAACUUUCAACAGAUAUAAUGGAAGUUAUCAAACAGGUCCGUGCAGUGAUUGAAGAUUCAUUCUCGAUGUCUCAGGGCUCAGGCCCACCCAAGGAUAUGGUGGACAGAUAUGGUCAAGGUCCUUUUCGAUGCGCUCGCUUCAGCUGUCGCUCAUUCACCCUUGGAUUUCCGACACCAGAUGAGCGAGAAAUUCAUGUCGCAAGACACGAGAGACCACAUAGGUGCAAUGAUGAAAAGUGCGAGAAGGGCUUUGAUAUUGGCUUUGCAUCUCUGGCUCAAUACAAGAGACAUAUGAAGGACUAUCAUCCGGAUCGCUCUCAACGAGACCACGAGUUUCCCACCGACAAAGAAAUACAAUUAAGCAUUCGUUCUAAGAAUACGGAGCCUCAGGCACAAGUCACAAAACAAACCACCGACACGACUACUAGAGAUAAUACGGCGCCUCAAGGAAAUGCAACAGUCGUAUCCGAUGGAGAUGAAUCCUCUCCUGCCGCUUCCGAGCCCGAGAUCCGACCUCGCCCAGCCCCUAAAAGACACAGCAAGGACGACCUCAAAUGCCAAUACUGCGGUAAAGAAUUUACAAGACUUUAUAAUCUCAAGUCUCAUCUCUUAGUGCAUCAGAAUAAUCUGAGGUUCCCCUGCGAAUAUUGCCACAAAUCCUUCGUUCGAAAGAGUGAUUUCAAUCGUCAUAUGAAAUCUCAUACUGGGGAAAAGAAGUGGGUUUGCGGGGGAUGUGAUAAAGCCUUUGCCCGAUCAGAGACCCUGAAAGCCCACCAACAACAGUCGAAAAAGGGCCAGGCUUGUCUUGAAGAUCUCCAACGACGACAGCAGGAACAGAUAGAAGAGCAAGAUCUGAUUCUCCCUUCAAUCUCCUCUUUCCUCCCGAAUUGA